AUGAGGUUUCGGAAGGAGGGCCACGGGGGCCCUUCUCCCGCUGGUCCUGGCGCGGCACCGGCUCCCUCCCCCCACACCCCACAGUCCCCCCAAACCCGCCGCCAAGGCGCACGGAGCGGGAAGACGGGGAGAGAGAGAGAGCCUGCCUCCCGGCCGGCCAAGCACACGAGUGUACCAAAAACAGAAACCCGGUGGUGGUCGAGAGGUUUUUCCGCGACGGGGCUCGCCCGGCGCCGCAGGACCGCACCGGGGCACGGCCGGGCACACGGAACGGGCCCCACAGGCGCCCGGGGGUUCCCACCACCCCCCGACGGCGCGGAGCGGCACACACGCCCGCCGCAGAGGGACCGCCGGGCACCCCCUCCCGGCGGCCGCCAGCGGCGGGACGCAGCACGCACCCCGACCGGGGGUGGGCGGCGGAGUCUGGGGGAACAGAGGUCGGGCCGGGCCCUCCCACGGCUCCCCACGGGCCCGUCUUCCCCGACACACCAAGGGGGACGGGCGACGCCCCUGAGGGUCUUUAAACCUCCGCGCCGGAACGCGCUAGGUACCUGGAGAGGGGGGGACGGGACGAGCGCACUCUGCCGCGGGGAGGCGGAGCCCCCACCGCCAAACGCCGGGAACCGACGCCGACCCCGGCCGGACGCGAGGACCGCAGCGCUACCCACCCGCGACGGCGGAACGCCGUCCAGGGCGGGCCGUCAGGAGGCGGCGGCGAGGCCGCCGGCGCCGCCGACGGGACCCGACCACCUCGCGGGAGACACCCCAGAGGGCUUCCCCGCGCGGGCCGCGCCCCGACGGCGACCACGACGACACAGCACCGCCGCGCGCGCCACACACCCACGCGGGCGCCCCGAGAGACUGCGCCGCGGGCCGAGUCCCGACCGCGACCGGGGGAGCGGCUCGGCGUCGGAAACAGCAGGCGGGCGGCGGAUCUUCCACCGCGAACCCCGCGCGGAAGGCGGCACGCUGGAACCGUCCUAG